GACCGUCUCGCCUCCAAUGCCUCCCUCAGCUGUGGCCCCAUAUGGGAAAUGUGCAGCCUCCCCUGUCCCCACCUUCCAGCCCCCAGCUCCCUAUAAGCCGAGCUCUCCCCCAGCUUCCUCAGCUGCCCCGUUCCGGGCUGCAACGCCCCCAGGCUACCGGGUAGCAUCCUCCCCUGUGGCCAGUGGCUACAAGGCUGCCUCACCCACCCCGCCUGCCCCACCGCUGCCAGGGAGCUUAGCCACUCCAGCACCACCGCUGCCACUCAGCGCAGCCCAGAUCAAGCAGGAGCCGUCAGAGGAGUAUGAGCCCCCAGAGAGCCCUGUGCCACCUGCUCGCAGCCCCUCACCACCACCCAAGGUGGUGGAUGUGCCAAGCCACGCCAGCCAGUCGGCCAGGUUCAACAAGCACCUGGACCGUGGCUUCAACUCCUGCUCCCGCACAGAUUUGUACUUCGUGCCCCUUGAUGGCUCCAAGCUGGCCAAGAAGAGGGCGGACCUGGUAGAGAAAGUGCGGCGGGAGGCCGAGCAAAAGGCUCGGGAGGAGAAGGAACGAGAGCGGGAACGAGAGCGAGAGAAGGAACGGGAGCGGGAGAAGGAGCGGGAGCUGGAGAGGAGCGUGAAGAUGGCCCAGGAGGGCCGGCCAGUGGAGUGUUCCUCACUGGGGCCCGUCCCCCACCGCCCUUCCUUUGAGCAGGGCAGCGCUGUAGCAACCGUGCCCCCCUACCUGGGUCCUGACACCCCGGCCCUGCGCACACUCAGUGAAUACGCCCGGCCCCACGUCAUGUCGCCCAGCAACCGCAACCACCCUUUCUAUGUGCCGCUGGGUGCCAUCGACCCAGGCCUGCUGGGCUACAAUGUGCCAGCCAUCUACAGCAGCGACCCAGCCACACGGGAGCGGGAGCUGAGGGAGAGGGAAGCCCGUGAGAGAGACCUGAGGGACCGGGACCUGCGUGAACGCCUCAAGCCUGGGUUUGAAGUCAAGCCGGCUGAGCUAGAGCAGCUCCACGCCGUGCCAGCUGCUGCCAUGGAUCCAUUCCCACGCCAUGGUGGGCUCAGCCUGCAGACGGCCCCCGGUCUCCAUCCCGCCUUUCCCUUCCAUCCUGGGCUGGGCCACUUGGAGAGGGAGAGGCUGGCGCUGGCAGCUGGCCCCACUCUGCGUCCUGACAUGUCUUAUGCUGAGCGCCUGGCGGCCGAGCGCCAGCACGCCGAGCGGGUGGCUGCUCUCAGCAAUGACCCACUGGCCCGGCUGCAGAUGCUCAAUGUGACGCCUCAUCACCAUCAGCAUUCCCACAUCCACUCCCACCUACACCUCCACCAGCAGGAUGCCAUACACGCAGCCUCAGCCUCUGUCCACCCUCUGAUCGACCCCCUUGCCUCGGGAUCGCACCUCACUCGGAUCCCAUACCCAGCUGGCACCAUCCCCAACCCUCUGCUCCCUCACCCUCUCCAUGAGAACGAAGUGCUGCGCCACCAGCUCUUUGCUGCUCCCUACAGAGACCUGCCGGGGUCUCUCUCUGCCCCCAUGUCGGCAGCACACCAGCUACAGGCCAUGCAUGCGCAGUCGGCCGAGUUGCAGCGCCUGGCUCUGGAGCAGCAGCAGUGGCUCCAUGCUCACCACCCUCUGCAUGGAGUGCCACUCCCCACCCAAGAGGAUUACUACAGUCACCUGAAGAAGGAAAGUGAUAAACCCCUUUAAAUUGAUUCCAACUGUCAACAUGACAUCCCCAUGUCUUUCUGUGAAUCAACCAAAUCCCAGGGGAGGGGAAGCUGCAGUGAUACGUAUCAAUCCUACCCUGCAGCACACUGCAAGAAAGGAUGGGACAGAGCUAUGAUAUGGCAUCCUGGGAGCAGAACGUGGAGGAGAGCACACAGGGAGGGACUUUAACACCAAUGAUGGACUUGAAAGGAUCUGUCCAUGAUUUCAGCAGAGCUCUGGAGGAAUUAAAAUCUGCAUCACAAAGAGCUCAAAAAGAUAAAGACUGGUGUGAACUCAAGAUUACAGCAGCUCUAUCCUUCGUUUUGAGGGAGCAGCUGUGUUAAAUAGGAAAGGACUCACAGGACUUUACAUACACGAUGCCGCCUUUCCUGCUUCUGUGAGCAGGAGCUGCAGCCACGACGCACCUCUAAACCCAGUGGAGCCUUUCUUCUAGAUGCCUCCUCUUCCCCCGCACUGUAGGUGUAAGAUACUGCUUAGCGAUGCCGAAAAGCAACACGGAACUUAUUCAGAUGAACCUGAGCAGCCUCUCAUUCUCCAGCCUCCCUUCAGAUGCAAGCAGUGCGUUCCCGGACCUUUGAAACAUGGCACUGCUGCCCGCUGCCAAGGCAGCUCCAGGCAGCUGGGUACCAAGCGCUGCUGGGACUGCUGGGCGCAGCCAUGCUUCCCUCACACCUCAUGGAUGGCCACAGCCCGCAGGCGCCCCUUGGUCCCAGUGCCAGGCCUGCCCCAGCGGCACCCCUGCCCUCAACCCCCAAUUGGUGUACUUUGACUCAUGCACAUCCUAUUAGACGUGGCAGUUUGAUGUAGCAACGUGUGUCCCCUUCCCCCGCGUGCGUGUCUGAUCUCACGGUUGUAUAACUCGAGCGGUCCCCAUAUAUAUAUUUACUUAACCAUUAAAAGGAAAAGGAAACCAA